CUAUGGGCCUAUGGCCCAAUAUAUGUGAAGUCAAAACUGAUUCGUCGCGAAGUUGAGUUUUUGUUAAAUAAUAAAUCAAUUGAAUCGCGGUACUCAAUUUCUUCUCUUCCUCCGGCGACGAUGUCGAUUUACAGGAUCGCUAGAGCUUUACCCUUCUCCGGGAUCUUAAGGCAGCUUGAGAAAGAAGCUGAAACUGUGAUCAAUGUUCUGCAACCUGGACCUUUGGGAAUCAUAGAGCACAAGUUCUCGGCUCAAGAGAUUCGGGAAGCAAAAGCUACAGUUUCUAGAGCUGUUGAUAGUUGGCGAAGACAUUCUGAGGUCGAGCAUGCAAAUGGCCUUUUAAAAGAUUACAUUUACAAGUGAAGAAGUUAGUGAAAAUCUCUACUUUUGUUUGUUUCUUCUUUUCUCAUGGCUGAUGAUAAAUAAAAGGCCUUUCAUUUUGUUGAACAAUCUUUAGGUAUCAAUGGAAAAGCAAAUCUUUCUCUUUUA